AUGCCAUCCACUCCACAAGGCCAACAACUAGAACUCGAUGCAGUAAUCGCAGGAGCCGGAUUCUCCGGAAUCUACAUCCUCCACCGUCUCCGAGACGAAUUAAACCUAAACGUGAAAAUCCUCGAAGCCGGCUCCGAUAUAGGCGGGACUUGGUACUGGAAUACCUACCCGGGUGCUCGCGUGGAUUGUCCCGCCCCGAUAUACGCAUUUGGAAUAGAAGAAGUAUGGAAGAACUGGUCUUGGUCAGAGUUAUACCCGGACCAGAAAGAGUUGGGUGCUUAUUUCCGGCACGUCGAUGAAGUGCUUUCCGUGAGGAAGGAUUGUAUUUUCAAUGCGCGGAUUACGGCGGCACAGUUCGAUCCUGGCGAAGGGAAGUGGACGGUGAAGACUGAGAAUGGUGUCACGGUUGUUGCGAAGUAUUUUAUUCCGGCGAUUGGGUUUACGGCGAAGCAGUAUCUCCCUGAUUGGAAAGGUCUGGAGGAUUUCCGGGGGACUAUUCAUCAUACCUCGCUCUGGCCGAAGGAUCAUGUCGAUGUUCGAGGUAAGCGCGUCGCGGUCAUCGGGACGGGAUCAACAGGGCUACAGAUUACUCAGGAAUGGGCCAAAGAGGCUGCAGAGACGUUUGUCUUCCAGCGAACCCCGAACCUGGCCCUGCCUAUGGACCAGAAGAAACUUGAUGAACGCAGCGCAAAGCAGAUGCGAGACGAGACGGCCGAUCUCUUUGACCGUUGCAGGAGGGACGUGGGCGGUAUGCCCUACGAUGCGCCGACAAAGGCAUUCGCAGAGUUCUCCUCUGAUGAAAUUACCAAAAUUCUGGAAGAACUAUAUAACGGCGGAGGAUUCCGAUAUUGGGCAGGAGGAUACACCGACCUCAUGUUAAACCCGGAAGCAAACCGCGCAGCGUAUGAUUACUGGGCUAAACGAACGCGCUCACGCAUCCAUGACCCGGUUAAACGCGACUUGAUCGCACCUCUAGAACCACCGCAUGCAUUUGGAACUAAACGUCCCUCGCUGGAACAAGAUUACUACGAGCAAUUCAAUAAGCCGAAUGUGCACCUCGUCAAUACAAAAGCGCAUCCAAUCGUGCAACUCACGCCGCACGGUAUCAUGACGGACGAUGGGCAGGUCUAUGAGGUAGACAUCAUCGCUCUAGCAACAGGCUUCGACGCAACGACCGGCGGUCUCGCCAAAAUGGGCAUUCAAGACGUGAAUGGUGUGCAACUGAGUGAGCGUUGGCGAGAUGGCGUCUUGACAUUCCAGGGCCUCAUGGUCCCAGGCUUUCCAAAUAUGUUCAUGCCGUAUUCUGUCCACGCUCCAACACCGUUCUCGAAUGGGCCCGUGGGCAUUGAGUUCCAAGCCGAUUUUAUUCGGGAUAUUGUGAAGAAAAUGGAGGAUGAGAAGAUCAAAGCUAUCGAUCCGAGUCUUGAAAUUGCGGAGGCUUGGAAGGCUGAGAUUGAAUUCAUUGCUAAUAUGACGCUGUUUCCGAAGACGAAGUCGUGGUAUAUGGGUGCUAAUAUCCCGGGAAAGAAGGUGGAGUUGCUCUACUAUUUUGGUGGACUACAUCGGUAUCGGGAGAAGUGUGCAGAGGCAUUUGAUAAGUUCUCGGAGACUUUUGUUGUAUGUCAGGCCUAG